AUGGCGUUCAAUUCAGCAUCGUCGAAUCCAAUCGGCCACAGGACUGGCCCUGUCUCAGAGAGUGUACCGGCUCCAUCUGCUGAAACAAAGGCUGCUAUCAAGGAGGCAGUCGAGACCGAUAUCUCCGCUCCUCACAGACAGCCAGAGAACGAGGCCCCCAAAAAAGUGAAAACCGAGAAAGAAUUGGAGAAAGAGCGUAAAAAGGCCGAGAAGGAGGCCAAGUUCGCUGCGAAAAAGGCCGCCGCAGCUGCAGCUUCUGCCACUGCGGGGCCUGCAAAAGAGAAGAAGGAGAAGAAGCCAAAGGCCGAACCUGCUGCUCCGGUUGAAUAUGUGGAGGAAACGCCAAAGGGACAGAAAAAGAUUCUAAAAUCUCUCGACGAUCCGGCAUACAAAUCGUACAACCCCACUGUUGUGGAAUCUGCAUGGUACGAAUGGUGGGAGAAAGAAGGCUUUUUCGAGCCUGAGCUCACUGCAGAUGGAAAAACCAAGCCGGAGGGUGUUUUUGUUAUCCCAGCACCACCACCGAACGUCACUGGCGCUUUACACAUUGGUCACGGUCUUACAAUUGCCAUCCAGGAUACACUUAUUCGAUGGAACCGUAUGUUAGGAAAGACUGUUCUUUUCCUCCCAGGUUUCGACCACGCUGGAAUCAGUACGCAGAGCGUUGUUGAAAAGAUGCUGUGGAACAGAGAGAAAAAGACCAGGCAUGAUCUUGGGCGUGAGAAGUUUACGUCUUUGGUGUGGGAAUGGAAAGAGGAGUACCACGCAAGGAUCAAGAACCAGCUAAAGAAAAUGGGUGCUUCGUAUGACUGGAAAAAAGAGGCUUUCACUAUGGACGAGAAGCUUUCCAAGGCUGUUACCGAGACUUUCGUGCGGCUGCAUGAGGAGGGAAUUAUCUACCGUGCAAACCGUCUUGUAAACUGGUGCUGCAAGCUUAACACCACCCUUUCAAAUCUGGAAGUGGACAGUAUUGAGCUCAAGGGUCGCACUCUCCUUUCCGUGCCCGAUUAUGAUGAGAAGGUCGAGUUUGGAAUGAUUGUUUCGUUUGCAUACCCAGUUGGGGGUUCAGAUGAAAAGAUUGUAGUGGCAACAACCCGUCCCGAGACCAUGCUUGGUGACACUGCCAUCGCGGUUCAUCCUGACGAUGAAAGAUACAAGCACCUCGUGGGAAAGAUGGCGAAACAUCCGUUUGUUGACCGUCUUCUCCCCAUCAUUGCCGAUGAUUACGUGGAGAAGGAUUUCGGUACUGGUGCUGUUAAAAUCACUCCUGCACAUGACCCCAACGAUUACGCGAUUGGGGAGCGACACAAGCUUGAUUUCAUCAACAUCUUAAAUGAUGAUGGUACUCUUAAUGAGGAUGCUGGAGAAAAAUUCAAAGGGAUGAAGCGAUUUAUCGCGAGGAGAGUGGUUGUCGAGGAGCUAGAGAAACUAGGACUCUAUGUUGAGACCAAGGAUAACGCCAUGAGUAUCCCACUCUGCAGUAAAUCAAAGGAUGUUAUUGAGCCGAAGAUGAAGCCCCAAUGGUGGGUGAGACAGAAGGCUUUGGCUCAAGCCGCUAUGGACGCUGUCAGGAACGGAGAGAUCAAGAUUCGCCCGGCAACAUCAGAGAAGGACUUUUUUAUCUGGUUGGAGAAAAUCCAGGAUUGGUGUAUCUCCCGUCAGCUUUGGUGGGGCCACCAAGCUCCUGCGUGGAUUGUUCAUUUGGAGGGAGAGGCAACCGCCGAUUAUGCAGAUGGAGAUAGUUGGGUCUCGGCCCGUACUGAAGAAGAUGCCUUUGAAAAGGCCAAGGCCAAAUAUCCCGGGAAAUCUUUCACCCUGGAGAGAGAUCCUGAUGUUUUAGACACUUGGUUUUCUUCGGGCCUUUGGCCCUUCUCUACCCUAGGAUGGCCGGAGCAGACUCCUGAUAUGGAGAACUUCUACCCCAACACCGUCCUAGAGACUGGGUGGGAUAUCUUGUUCUUCUGGGUCGCAAGGAUGGUCAUGCUCGGUAUCAAAAUGACUGGGAAGAUUCCCUUCACAGAAGUCUUCUGUCAUUCCUUGGUUCGUGAUUCAGAUGGCCGUAAAAUGUCCAAGUCUUUGGGCAAUGUCAUCGAUCCUCUCGAUAUUAUUACUGGUAUCCCACUAGAGAAGUUGCACGAAAAACUAUUGCAAGGAAAUCUUGACCCCAAAGAGGUUAAGCAGGCCAUGAACUACCAAAAGAGUGCUUUCCCUGACGGUAUUCCUCAAUGUGGUAGCGACGCUAUGCAUUUCGCCUUCUGCCACUACACAACCGGAGGAAGGGAUAUCAAUAUGGAUAUCAAGGUCGUUGACGGUUACCGGAAGUUCUGUAACAAGAUGUACCAAGCGACCAAGUUUGCUUUGAUGAGACUGGGCGAGGGUUUCGUUCCUAGGAAGACUGCUGCUCUCACCGGAAAGGAGUCUCUUGUUGAGCUUUGGAUCUUGCACAAAUUUAACAGGGCUGCCCAAAACACAAACAAGGGUCUUGAGGAGCGUAACUUCCUUCUUGCCACCGACGAAGUUUACAGGUACUGGCUGUACGAGCUAUGUGAUGUCUACAUCGAAAACUCCAAGCCGCUCAUUCUCGAGGGCACUGAAGAGCAGAAGCGAUCUGCUCAGGACACUCUAUACACUGCCCUCGAGGGUGCCUUGCUUUUGAUGCAUCCUUUCAUGCCCUUUGUCACUGAAGAGCUUUGGCAGCGUCUCCCACGCCGCCUCGAAGACACCAACCCGACUAUUAUCAAGGCCGCUUAUCCUAGAUACGUUGAGGAGCUAGAUAACCCCAAGGCUGAAGAGGCCUACGAUUUGGCGUUCUCUGUCACCAAAAUUAUCCGUUCAAUGCAGGCCGAGUAUGGCGUUAAAGACCAGUGCAAGGUAUAUGUUCACGGAAAGGACGCAGAAACAUCACAGAUCGUAUCUGAACAGAAGGCCGGAAUCGCGGCCUUGGUAAAGGGACUCGAAACCAUUGAAAUCGUUCCCAUAGAUAGUGGUGUACCUGAGGGUUGUGCUGCAUCUACCGUUUCCGAUCGAUGCAAUGUUUACCUCCUCGUCAAGGGUCGUGUGGAUGUGGACGCCGAGAUCCAGAGGGCUCAAAAGAAGAUUGCCAAGACCACCGAGGCCAGGUUGAGACUAGAGAAGAGCAGGGCCGUCCCCGAUUACCAAACUAAGGUUAAGGCUGCUGUUCAGGAAGCCGAUAAGCAGAAGCUUGUUGAAUUUGCUGCCGAGGAGGCGACGCUUCAGGAGCUCAUCAGCAAAUUCGAGGAUUUGAGAGCUUAG